CUCCACAACUAUCCAGUCCCGUCCUAAAGCGCAGACAUCAACAAGAGAGCGGGUUUACUGAUGCGGGUUCGUUUUCUUAAUAGUCACAUCGUAACGACGCGCUACAAGGACUAAUAUUUUGUAUCAGCUUGACUCAGCUUACAACAAGAUGUUCGGCUUCCACAAGCCCAAAAUGUACAGGAGUUUGGACGGCUGCUGCAUCUGCCGCGCGAAGUCGUCCAGCUCCCGUUUCACGGACAGCAAGCGCUAUGAGAAGGACUUCAGGAGCUGUUUUGGAUUGAGCGAAACACGAUCAGGAGAAAUCUGUAAUGCAUGUGUGCUUCUCGUGAAACGGUGGAAAAAACUUCCUGUGGGAACCAAGAAAAACUGGAACCACGUGGUUGAUGCCAGAGGAGGUCCCAGCCUAAAGAUCACCUCCAGACCCAAGAAAAUAAAGUCCAUUUCCAAGAAAGCAAGGCCACACCAGAUCAACCGUCUGCAGAAAGAGCUGAAACGAAACAAUUCAGACGCCCACAGCACAACCUCCAGUGCCUCCCCUGCUCAGUCUCCCAGCUACAGCAAUCUCUCAGACGAUGGUUCUGACACCGAGCUGAGCCCAGGUUCCAGCAGGUCUCCUGUUUUUUCGUUUUUGGACCUGACUUAUUGGAAGAGGCAAAAGGUCUGCUGUGGAAUAAUCUACAAGGGGCGCUUUGGGGAGGUGCUCAUCGACCCCCAUUUGUUCAAACCGUGCUGCCGCAAAAAACAGCGGCAGCAACAACAGCAGCAGCAAAGAGAGGAGGAAGAAGAGGAGGAGGAGGAGGAGGAAGAUGAGGAAGAAGAAGUGGAGGUAGAGGAAGGCCAAGUGGGGGUGGAAAAACCCCAGAUGGAGGGGGAAGUGAAGGAGACGCCUAUGUGUGAGGAAAAUGCAGAACCUGCUAAGCUAUGCGUCACCGUGACAACACCCCCAGCCAGAAGUGGAGAGGUGGGAGGGGAAAGCUGGUGAAGGCAUGACCCCCCACUUCGCUGACAUCUCUGAAGAUAUCUUGGGGUGCCGUUCUUUUCUUUCUUUCUUUUUAUUCCUUAGAAGGACUUACAGAAAGAAGUUGCCUCAGAUUGCCUUCAAUCAUUAAGCAGCUAAAAAUCCUUUAGUCUUCUCCAUGACAACAUUGGAGGAUUGUUUAUGACGUGUAAAUGAUAACUUAUGGAAUAUCGUUUUUCAUUUUGUUUCUUUAUUUGUAUUUAAUAUUUUUCACCAUCCCAACGAUGGACCAUCAUCUGUGGUGUUAUUGAUCUACUUUAGAUAAAAUGCUGGAGCUCUGGUUUGCUGGUACAUUCAAUGGACUUUAUUCCAAAACGCAACACAUCCACAAAUUUAUAGAAAAAGGUGCUACUUGAAAUUCAUGACUCCAUUUCUAAACAAACAGCAGAACCUAUUCUCACUGUGGAUAUUUUGUAAGCAAACAAGGUAAUAUAACUAUUAUAAAGAGAAUUGUGUUGCUUUCUUUGUAUAGAAUAGAUGUUUUUUUGUUUGUUUUUAAUGGUUGGUAUCCCUUUUUGGAAUGAAUGACACUAUACACUGACAGAGCACAGAUAUGUACAGCUGCCCUUGUGUUUUUCUGUCCUUUCACAAUAAUGUCCACUUCAAUCAAAGGCUUUGUGUUUGUAGUUUGGAUUAGUUUUUCCAUGCAAAUAUGUAUGUGGAUCCCAUUUUAAAUAAGGCCUAUUCACAGCUUCAACAGCAAAUACACCAGCCUUAAAUGUGUGUUACAGACAGUGCUAGUGUUAACUCUGGAUUGGUAUUAAGGAAAUAAAAGGGACAGUAGCUAAAUCUAUUGUGGCCUCAACAACACAUAGUGCAUUUUGCAUGAAUGGCAAGCUCACUCAUCCAAAAGACCUGAAACGAUCUGAUGCAUGAGUCUUCUAAAAUUGCAUGGCCUUAUAGAAACUGUAAAUCUUACUUUUAUUUUUUGGAUCCAUUUCUCUGAAGUUUGAACUUAUUUUUAUAUGUAAAAAAAAUGAAGAGGAAGAAUUAAAGUGUCUUUGCAUAAUAAUUCAACACAAUACAGCAGCAAAACACAAAAUCGGUCUAUAGUCAUUCAGCAAUAUCAACAUCAGUAAUUUCUGUCAUUUCUGGGUCAGUUUAUGGUAAAAGUCUUUAUAUAAGCUGAAAUUCUAUGCCAUUGCCUCUAAUAUACCACAAAUGUGUUGUGACAUAUAGCCUGAUAUUACUUUAUUUAUCAAAUGAAAGCCAAAGCACAUUAAAAUUCACCCAAUGUCAAAUCAAUGCAGGUUUUCUAUGGACAUGUGUGCUUGUCCUGGGUCAUUUGUAUCAAUGUUUAUGGUAUUUAAAAAAACAAAACACUAAAAUGAAAUUUCAUACACGUGAUGUUGUAGUUGGGAACUGUGGGUGUGGUAUGUACAUAAAGGGUUGGGUGAGUCAUAUGGCUCUCAAACAGUUUCAUUAUUUAUUUAUUUCAUAUUUAUUUGUAUCCUGGCUUAGAAGCGUUGUACUCUGAAUUUUGUUCAUGUUUAGCUUCUCAUCUUUAGAAAACAAAAUGUAGUUCUCAGGCACACUUUCUGUAACACUGCGUUGAAUUGAAUUACCGGUUGUCAAUAUUUGUGAAAUGUUGUUAAGUAUUUAUUUACUCAUUGGUUGAGUUGCGUGCAACCUAACUUAUUCUAUAUCAUCACUUUGCAUCUGUAUCAUAUAAACUGUAACGACUGAUAGAUUGAAACCAAACUGUACUUCUCCCUUUUUACCAUAUAGCUUACAAAUGUUAGAGUAGUAUACAUGGUAGGAAAUCUAACUCUAGACUUGCAUGUAAUGUUGCUAUGCAUUUACGUAGCUAACAGGUUAGACAAAGCGGUUUUGUAUUUUUUAUACAUCAUGUACUUUUUUUACUUGUCCCUUAAUAAAAGUAAUUUUGUGAGUUUUA